GGUGGGAUGGAAUCCCUAAUACCUGUUGUAAACAAAUUACAAGAUGUUUUUGCAACACUUGGACGUCGCGAGGAUCAAAUACAAUUGCCACAGAUUGUAGUCAUAGGAUCACAGAGUGCGGGAAAAAGUUCGGUGUUAGAAAAUAUCGUUGGACGUGAUUUCUUACCGCGUGGUACGGGCAUUGUCACAAGACGGCCACUGAUUCUACAUUUGUCCCAUGUACCAGCUGAUGAUGAAAUUCGACGGAGAAAACCAGAUGGAACUCUAAUCACCGAUGACUGGGCCAUGUUCGAACAUACGGGUGGAGCGAUAUAUAGCGAUUUUUCUGAAGUCCGGAAAGAGAUUGAAACAGAAACUGAUAGACUUACUGGUCAUAAUAAGGGCAUUUCACCCAUCCCAAUAAUACUUAGGAUAUUCUCGCAAAAUGUAGUGAACUUAUCAUUGGUUGACUUACCUGGGAUCACAAAAGUGCCCGUUGGGGAUCAGCCUGCCAACAUCGAGGAGCAAAUUCGCGAGAUGUUGUUGUCGUACAUUUCCAACCCAUCUUCGAUCAUUCUAGCUGUUACCCCUGCUAAUCAAGAUUUUGCUACUUCUGAGCCAAUCAAAAUUGCACGCGAAGUAGAUCCUGAAGGUCAACGAACGCUAGCUGUCUUAACAAAAUUGGAUUUGAUGGACCAGGGUACGGAUGCUAUGGAUGUUUUGAUGGGUAAAGUCGUUCCUGUCAAACUGGGCAUCAUUGGCGUGGUUAACCGUUCUCAGGUAUGCGUCUAUUUUUCGGUUUGA